GUUUUUUCCAUCGGUCAGCCGAUAUUCAGAGCGAAAAUCAUACUCCCUGCACGUUAUAUUAGUCUCCAUUGGUGGCAAAAAGUGAAUUGCUCCGGACGACUCUCUUCACUUCCUUGUUUGCAGCCGACAGAGCAAGAUGACAGCGGACACUGGGGAUGAUCUGAAGCCUCUGUGCGAGAACCAAGUGCAGCUUCUACUCAAAAUGCUGGAAAACGACUUUCCCAGCUCUAUUUUCGUAUACAAUUGGAUUAAAAAACAAAUGGAAUGGGCUUCAAAGCUGAAAUCCAUGAAGGUGUUGAUUCUUUGCCCUGACGGCGACUGGACUGACGGGACUGUUAUUGGGAUCACCUAUGGACUUGCCGAGGGCAAAGAAUACGCUGUAAUGUACUCUCCAGAAAAAGACUGCGGGAAACUGAAAAAGGCUUUGAUGAAAACCAAACACAUUCGCUGGGAAUCGCUGCGCCAAUUUUGCGGUGUGCUUGACAAACACGUUCCAUUGUGCAUGGAAGUGCUCAGUGCGAAGGGAUUUCAGAGCUCUGACAAAAUCAGAUUGAACUGCAACAUGCACUACGUUCCAAAAUACGAAUUUUCCGCCAGUCUGGAUUUGCCAACCAUCCCUUAUGACGUGCGAAUUGGAUCGCUUGACCUGCGCCACUUGGACUACGUCUGCGAGAACUGGCCCCUGUACACGCCCGAUUAUCGUCCAGUCGUGGCCGCGAUGCUCGAGCUGAACCCCUCGGUGGGCAUUUUUGUGCGCAACGAUGACGGCGAAGAGGAGCUGGCCUCGAUGGUUUUGCAGUCAGAGUACGGCGGCCUGGGCCUGCUGCAGACCAUCCCUAAAUACCGCGAGCGAGGAUACGCAGCCUUGGCGGUCGCCUACCUCACCGAAAUCAUGGGCAGACUGGGAUACAGGACACACGGCCACACGAAAAUGGGAAACCUCAGGGCACAGCACCUCUUCGAGCGGUCUGGGUUCAAAAUUGCUGACCAGACCAAUUGGAUUACGCUCAAGAAUCUCUAGCGAUAAUUUUGCUAUUUAAUUCAUGGACAAUUUGUAUUUAUUUACUUUUCUCUUUUGUAAAUAUUUUUGCAACUCGUCACACAACCUACGCUGUCUAAUUGUAAGAUGACUCUUUUAUACAUGGCUUCACUUUUUGUAAAUAAAUUUAGUACGUACAUAAACUUAAAA